AUGGGUCCAGCGGUGCCAAUCUCGCACAGCAUUGAUGGCAAUAUCGCUGGCAAAGAUGCCACAAUCCUCCAGGGUGAUGUCCGUUACAACUCGCCCAAUAUCCUCGACCAUAGCGAUUUCCGACAAUGGCGCGACGACGAACGCAGCCGCCUGCUCUGGAUCAAGGGCGAUCCCGGCAAGGGCAAGACGAUGUUGCUCUGCGGUAUUGUGAAUGAAUUAAGCCCCCAAAUGAGAUUAGAGGACCAGAAAGCCAACACACUUCCAUCCUAA